GGGACGGGAGCUGGGGCAGCCGAGGCCAGGGGAUUGCGAGCACACCACACCCUGUGAACGAGUGUGAAUGAGUGUGUGUGCGUGUGCGCGUGAGCCUGUGGGUGCCUGUGAACACGUGCGCGCGCGCGUGUGUGUGUUCUUUGUGUCAGCGAUGUAUGUGGUGCCCUGCAUGCCUGGGAAUGGUUGGAUGUGUUUUUCCGAGUGUGUCGAAGUGUUGGUGUACGGGUGUGUUUGCGGGGGUGCACCUGUGCGUGCAUGCGUGGGCGUGCUUGCACGCGCACACGUGGUGGGAAAGGAAGCUACCCGUGGGUUCCGGGAUGCAGGGCGUUUCCCCACCCCUUCAGACAUUCUUCUCCUCACAGAACCCAUCCUGGAGCAGCCUUGGGGGACCUGAGCGUCAAGAGAUGAGCUGUCUAGAAGAAGGAGAGAACACUUCAUGGCCAUCGCCGGCCAUGACCGCAGGCUCAGAAAGAAGCCAUGAGAAACAGGGGGCCAAGGCCUCCAGGUGGACAAGGCAGGAGGCUGUGGCUGAAGGGGAGCUGCCGGGUCUGGGGGAAGAUCCCCAGGCCAAGCCACCUGCUGAGUACGCCGGACUGGAGGCCACGUUCCCCAAGGCCACACACUUGUCCCAGGCUGCUCCUUUGGCCAAAGUGGGCGCCCCACCAACAGAGUGGGACAUCUUCCCCCCUAACCACGAAGCCUCGGCCGCUGGCUCCAGCACGGAUGAGCUGGAGCUGGACAUAGGGUUCCCGGCCACAGCAUCGUGGGGGUAUGAGCUCGGCCUGGUGGAAGAGAGGCCUGCCCUGUGCCCAUCCCCACGGGCCCUGUUACCCAGGCUGGGCUGGGACGACGAACUGCAGAAGCCGGGGGCCCAGAUCUACAUGCACUUCAUGCAGGAGCACACCUGCUACGACGCCAUGGCAACCAGUUCCAAGCUGGUCAUCUUCGACACCACGCUGGAGAUCAAGAAGGCCUUCUUUGCCCUAGUGGCCAACGGCAUCCGGGCGGCACCGCUGUGGGACAGCAAGAAGCAGAGCUUCGUGGGGAUGCUGACCAUCACAGACUUCAUCUUGGUGCUGCAUCGCUAUUACAGGUCCCCGCUGGUCCAGAUCUAUGAGAUUGAAGAACAUAAGAUUGAGACCUGGAGAGAGAUCUACCUUCAAGGCUGCUUCAAGCCUCUGGUCUCCAUUUCUCCCAGCAGCAGCCUGUUCGAAGCCGUCUACACCCUCAUCAAGAACCGGAUCCACCGUCUGCCGGUCCUGGACCCGGUCUCAGGCGCCGUGCUCCACAUCCUCACACACAAGCGACUGCUCAAGUUCCUGCACAUCUUUGGCUCCCUGCUGCCCCAGCCCUCCUUCCUCUCCCGCACCAUCCAAGACCUGGGCAUCGGCACAUUCCGAGACUUGGCCGUGGUGCUGGACACGGCGCCCAUCCUGACGGCCCUGGACAUCUUUGUGGACCGGCGCGUGUCUGCGCUGCCUGUGGUCAACGAAGCUGGACAAGUCGUGGGCCUCUACUCCCGCUUCGAUGUGAUUCACCUGGCUGCCCAGCAAACCUACAACCACCUGGACAUGAGUGUGGGCGAAGCCCUGAAGCAGAGGACACUGUGUCUGGAAGGAGUCCUUUCCUGCCAGCCCCAUGAGAGCUUGGGGGAAGUCAUCGACCGGAUUGCCCGGGAGCAGGUACACCGGCUGGUGCUAGUGGACGAGACCCAGCAUCUCCUGGGCGUGGUGUCCCUCUCCGACAUCCUUCAGGCACUGGUGCUCAGCCCUGCUGGCAUCGAUGCCCUCGGUGCCUGAGAAUAUCUGAGUCCUCACUCCCAGGCCAUCUUCCACACGCAGAAGCCAACGAAGGGAGCCAGGGAACACGGUCUCCAUCUUUCCCCACCCCAGUUUGCUGGUUUGGCUGUGGUUCAGGUAGGCUCUGCCCUGGGCCAUCAGCCUCAGCACCAGCCCAUUGGUCUUCCUAGGCUCUCAGAUCUCAGCCUGAGGCCCCCUGAGGAUAGGGGUGCCCAGCUCACUGCUGAGCAGCCCCAUGAAAACUACAAGUAUCAGGACUCCCCGUGGGGCCCCCACUCUGUCCCAUUCUCCACUGAGGUCAUGAGGGUCGUCGCAAGAGGGGUGGACAGGGGCUGGGGUCAAGGCAAGGGCAGUGAUGUGAUUUCAGAUGCUCUGGGGAGUUUGACCUGCCUUCUCGCAACUCAGAUCCCACCUGCUGGGAAUCCCACCGGAAGGAAGCAAGUUAAUAAACCUUUGUUGAACGGAAUUUCCACGCUCAGUCAGAACUACGGCUGAAAGGAGGGGGCUUCUAUCUAAGCUUCACCAGCCCUCUGUCAUUGCCCCUGCCCUGCCUGUGCUCCCAGAAGCCCUCAGGAAUUCCCAGUCCUCCAUGGGAUGAUGAAAUUAAGAACAGCUGAGUCGAGCCUGGAGAUCUAUGAACCAGAGGCACUGAGAUUACCCCAGGGCUGCCUGCUCCAUGCCUACCCAUAUCGCUUUCCCCCCACUGGCCCCAGUGGAGCGGCGAGCCCUCAGCCAGUUGGGUGUAUUCAGGGGCUCUGGAUUCCUCAGCUUCUGGACUACCUGGGAGGCCCUGCUAUUCUUCCACACUACUAAGGGUGGCUCCCCACAACUUGGCCACUGCCCUUCUUCCCUCCCAGCAUUGAAACAGCAGCCAUGUGGAGAGCCUGUUGAGUGGGGUCCUCCCUCCAUUCUCAUCCCGAGCACCAGCAAACGGUGUUCUCAGUCCCCAGUGACAGCCUGUGUUUGGAUCACUGAGGAUGAACACGGAGAGAACAAAAAGAAAAAGAACAACCAACCCGUGCACUUAAAUUGUGUAAGCUUCACUCCGAAAACGCUAGUCAUUUGGCCUGAACUUGCAGCAAGAGCCCUGUGCUUUCUGAAUUCAAAGACGCGAGGGAGAAUCUGUAAUUGACAAACGCUACCACUGGCCUUGCUUUUGUGCAUAGAGUGUUAGUUUCUUUUUUCAUUUUUUAUUUAUAACAAAACCAUAAAGAAGAUGUUAAUUAGUUAA